CCAGUGAAGAGGGUCUGAGGCGAGGAGAGGAUCAGCAGCAGGGAGCAGGGAGGAAUCCCACCGCCAAACUGGCCACCACAAGCUAUCGGCUGGUUGUGGCGCCGGCGGGCAGCCGGAGUACGACUGGCAAUGUGGUGGUGACCACCACCUCCUCGGGGAGCAACUCCUCGAAUGGGGGCAACGGUGGCGGAGGAACUCCUGUGGGGAACAGCAGUUCGGGAAGCGGUCUCAAUGUGACCACCAUCACAACGACCGGCGGAGGAGGCGGUGGCGGCCAGUUGCAAAGUGCUGGCAACAGUUCCCAAAGCAACGGAACCACCUACAAGAUCGAAAUGCUGGACGAGGAUAUCCAGAGCUUGGGCUCCGAGGACGACGACGAGGAUCUGAUCAGCAGCGAUGGCAGCCUGUACGAGGGAGAUCUGGGCUCCAUGCCCGUCAACGAUGAUGUGGCCCACCAGCUGGCGGCCGCAGGACCAGUGGGCGUGGCAGCAGCAGCGGCCAUUGCGAGUUCCAAGAAACGCAAGCGGCCCCAUUGCUUCGAAACGAAUCCCUCGGUUAGGAAAAGGCAACAGAAUCGAUUGCUACGCAAGCUGAGAGGGAUCAUCUAUGAGUUUACCGGCAGGGUGGGCAAACAGGCGGUCGUUUUGGUGGCCACACCGGGUAAACCCAACACUAGCUACAAGGUUUUUGGAGCCAAACCGCUGGAGGAUGUGCUGCGGAACCUGAAGAACAUUGUGAUGGACGAACUGGACAAUGCACUGGCCCAGCAGGCGCCACCACCGCCCCAAGAUGAUCCGUCGCUUUUCGAACUGCCCGGCCUGGUCAUCGAUGGGAUACCCACGCCCGUGGAGAAGAUGACCCAGGCCCAGCUGAGAGCCUUUAUCCCGCUGAUGCUCAAGUACUCCACGGGACGAGGAAAGCCCGGCUGGGGAAGAGAGUCCACUAGACCGCCCUGGUGGCCAAAGGAGCUGCCCUGGGCCAAUGUGAGGAUGGAUGCCCGCUCCGAGGACGACAAGCAGAAGAUCAGCUGGACGCAUGCGCUGCGCAAGAUUGUGAUCAACUGCUACAAGUACCAUGGAAGGGAGGACCUGCUGCCCACCUUUGCCGACGACGAGGACAAGGUCAAUGCUUUGAUUUCGCAAUCGGGAGACGAGGACGAGGACAUGGAGUUAUCGAAUCCUCCCACCAUCCACACGGUUACGACCAUGACGCCGCCGACGGGCAACAGCAAUCAACCGCAGCAGGUGAACGUGGUGAAGAUCAACAGUGCGGGCACGGUGAUCACCACCCACACGGCCCAGAGCAACACGCCGGCUCCUACGAUCAUCCAGAGCACCAAUAACCAGCAUGUGACCACGACGGCCACGCUGCCCGCCUCCACGAAGAUCGAGAUCUGCCAGGCGCCGACUCAGCAGCAGCAGCAGCAGCAACAGCAGCAGCACCACCAGCAGAACCACCAGCAGCAGCAGCACCACCAGACCCACUUGCCCAGCACGGUGCACAUCCAGCCGGUGGCCGGCGGGCAACCGCAGACGAUCCAGCUGACCACGGCCAGUGGAACGGCGACGGCCACCGCAGUGCCGACGACAGCCGCCGCCGUAAGUGCGGCCCAGGCCCAGGCACAGGCCCACUCCCACUCGCACGCCCACUCGCAGGCCCAGGCCCACUCGCACUCCCAGUCGAGUGGCAACCAGACGGUCACUGCCCAGCAGAUCGCCAAUGCCCAAGUCUGCAUCGAGCCCAUUACGCUCAGCGACGUUGAUUACACCACGCAAACGGUGCUCUCACAGAAUGCCGAUGGCACCGUGUCGCUGAUCCAGGUGGAUCCCAAUAACCCGAUCAUCACACUGCCGGAUGGAACCACUGCCCAGGUCCAAGGUGUUGCCACGCUCCACCAGGGCGAAGGCGGUGCCACCAUUCAGACGGUUCAGAGUCUCACCGAUGUCAAUGGACAUGAGAACAUGACCGUGGAUCUCACCGAAACGCAGGAUGGCCAAAUAUAUAUCACCACCGAAGAUGGUCAAGGCUAUCCCGUUUCGGUGAGCAACGUGAUCUCGGUGCCCGUCUCCAUGUACCAAUCCGUGAUGGCCAACAUGCAGCAGAUCCAGACGAACAGCGAUGGAACGGUGUGCCUGGCGCCCAUGCAGGUAGAUACGAGUGCCAAUCGCACCACCACCACUGCCGCCAGCUCCUCAUCCUCUUUGGCGGGAAAUGGCGGCGUUCAGUGCUACUCGCUGAUCUCGACGGGAUCAGCGGUCCUAGGUCGUCGCAGUGGUGCGUUAGUGGGCCAGCAGGUAGCUCCCGGGGGGCGUUACUACCUGGCCACGGCCACCACCAGUAGCAGCACCACCAGCUCCAGCAGUUUCGGGCAGCUCAACAACAAUAAUAGCACCCUGGCGAAUAACAAUAAUAGCAUAAAGAUGCCCAUGCCCAUGCCCAUAGUUCUGGCCGCGCCCAGUAUUCCGCAGGUGGCCAGCACGAGGACCACCAGGAGGGGCGUGGCUAGUGGAGGAGGAGGAGGUGGAGCAGAUGGAGCUGCCGCCGGAGGAGGCGGGGUAGUGAUGGUUCAGAAGCGUAGGAAACCGAAUGCCUCCUCAAAGAGUAGAACCCAUUUGAAGGCAGGCGACAGCAGCUGCUCCUCCGGCAACUCCUCCUCCAUUCGCUGUGUGGACAGCGCCAGUUUGACCAGUGUGCAGAUCCAACUGCCGGCCAUCAAGCUGGAGCACCUGGAGUAGGGUCCCCCAUCCAAGAAUCCAGCCCAUCUCGAAUCUAGUCAAAUGCGGCUUUGCACAAAACACACAAAAUCUAUGAGAACCUAGCAGAAUAAGAAGGAAACGCACGAAUGCACUUGCCAUUUAAACUUAGACACGCACAAUGUGAAUGCCAAAAACCCAAAAAAAAAAAAACAUAGUAGAGCCAAGGAAAAACCUCAGAUACUAACUAUACGAAUUGAAUUUAGUACCGAAAAGAGAACACCAAAAAAUAUUUGUUGAUAAUUGAAACCGAAAACCAAAAACACACAGCGAGAGCGUUAAAUCAAAACUAAAAAUCAAUAACUGAAAUUGUUCCUAGUUAACAGAGCUACAAAUCAUUUAACAUUUGUUAGUUUUAGCCCUUUGUUUAGUAGUUAAGUAGUGGAGUACAUACAUAAUCGUGCAAAAAAUCUUGCUUAGAGCGCAACACAAACCAAAUAUUAACCAAUUUAAGUUGUACAAUUGGGUUAGUUCUAGCCAGUAAGUAGCAAAGCAAACAGGGAUCAGCCAGCCUAGAUGUUCUAGUUCUAGCCUAGACGUACUUGUCACCUCGUGAAUUUUAGCUCCUCCUCAAAAGCCACCUUUUUCGACCCACCCUAAAAUACGAAACGUAGUCAAUUCGCAUUGAAAAUGCGCCAAAGCGGGGAAAUGAGUUUGCCAUUGGAGCUAGUUUACAUAGCUUUAGUGGGAGAAAUAUAUGUGCUAUAUACAUAUAACAAUAUGGAGGGGAUAUUCGAUAUAUUCACCUCGAAAUGCGUGCAAAAUUAAUUUUAUGUUGAUCUAUAACUAUUACCAUUAUUGCUAUUGUGUUUUAUCCGAUUCAUUAUUGCUAUUACCAUUAUUAUUGUGUUUAAAUGUUUGAUUUUUAUAUAUAUAUCGCAAUUAUUUGAAUUGUUUUAGACCAAAUUUUAUGUUUAAACAGGCUAAGUGAAGUGCAAAAAGGAAAGAUUGAGAAGCCAACAAAUUUUAUUGAAUAAAUCUUUUGUUGUUGUGAUUUUA